GCUGGAAUACAAAUGCAGAAUUCUACACUAUCUUCUCCUCUGGUGCUGAGCCUGACAUUUGGCACAAUUUCGGAUUUUAAUUAUGUCUACGGGGUGAUAUCAUUGCUUGGCUUUUUGAUGAUAAUUUUUUCCAACUUGACAAUAAUAUAUACAGUAUAUUUAAAUCAGAGUUUACAUGAGCCCAUGUAUGUUUUUAUAUCUGCCCUCUGUACCAACGACCUUUAUGGAAGCAUCUCAUUUUUCCCCAGCCUAAUCGUAAAUCUGUUUUCUAAGACUCAAAUCAUUUCCUACGCAGCCUGUAUAACGCAAAUCUUUUGCAUCUAUUCCUAUGGGUCCUGUGAGAUGGCCAUGAUGACGGUCAUGGCGUAUGACCGUUACAUGUGCAUAUGCAACCCAUUGAGGUACGCCACCUUGAUGAACUUAACAAAGGAAUUUAAGAUCAUUAUUGGCGUGUGGCUUUAUUCUUUUAUCUCCAUCACUGUGCAUACUAUGCUGACAAUGCGACUCCCUCUUUGUGAUAAUGUCAUCCUGAAGAUCUAUUGUGAUAACUGGUCGGUGGUGAGACUCUCCUGCAUUGAUACCUCAGUCAACAACAUUUAUGGUCUGUUUCUUACUGUAAAAAUAUUGGGGGUGAUGCCGUUGCUGGUCUUUUUAUCUUACGUUAAAAUUUUGAAGGUUUGUGCAAAGUCAAAGGACAAUCUUUUGAAAGCAAUGCAGACCUGCUCUCCUCAACUGAUAUCUUUUGCAAUUUUUGUUAUUGACAGCCUCUUUGAGGUUAUACUCUAUCGCUUGGGGCCUGCCCAAGUACCCUAUGGACUUAGAGUAGCCAUGUCAUUACAGUGCCUGGUGGUGCCACCAUUUGUAAAUCCACUUCUUUAUGGAAUAAAGAUCCGAGCAAUAAAAGUGAGAAUACUGCAGACUUUUACAUGGAAGAAAAGCUAUAUGGAAAAACAAAUUGAAAGAACUUAAAUAGCAGAAUUAA